AUGCUCGGCACAGCGUUAAUAUUCAUCUUAGCUAUAAUUAUAUUCGGGUUUAACAUCCUCCUCUUAGUUGCCAUUUCAUCAGACAGUAGACUUCAAGGGACAACCAGUUUACUUAGCUCAAACCUAUGGCUAUGCAACUGCAUAACUGCUGUCGUCGUUAUAUUUUUUAAUCUCAGUCCACCAUUAGCAGCUUAUUUACCAUGCUCGAACCCUGCUGAGGACUAUAAACUGAUUUCAACAUCGAAGGACAGGUUGACCAACUCUUUGGAGUUUUUUAGUGCUCGCACAGCAGCCGUCCUAUUCAACUCAACCUUAAGUUUGCUCACUCUGCUCACUAUAGGGGUUGUGCAUGCCCUUUCAAGGCGUAAUUAUCAUUUAACCAGACUGCAGUCAUCACGGCUGUUGGUAUCAACAUGGAUAUUGGUCAUUCUCCUGAUAAUUGUUGACUUUUUCUUGGUCAGCUUGGCAGACUCGCUAGUUUUAGCUAUUCCCUUCCAUCUUGCACUACUCUCUGUAUUCUUGGUCAUAAAUAUUGUUAUCCACAUCACAAAUAUCAUCAUGCUCACAAGAUCUCAACCAGAACCUCAUUUAAGGAAGCAAUUCGAAGAAUCUGUAACAGCUUUGUUCUGGAUUUUCCUGAACUUUUUGUCAUUUGUGGUCAUUGUCAUACGUAUAAUAUGGAAUGGCAGAGGGAAAAAGGAAAGCCAAGAGUCAAUUAUGGCACUUGAAAUGACAGCAUAUUCAGUUUUAUGUCUGGCUACACCUCUAAUAGCUGUAUUACGGGACAGAUACUUAGAACAAAGUAUGAGCACAAUCAUGAGGAACAAGAGAGUUCAUCAUGAUGACGACAUAAUUUCGGCUUUAAUGAGGGAUCCGCCACCCCCUUAUUCCUUAUGA